AUGUUCAUUUAUCCAAAUACUCGUUCAUUUCAUAGAUCAGAAAAAGAAUAUGAACUUAGAUUAAAUUGUGCCACCGCAGGAUUAAAAACAACACCUGACCUUUCAUUUGACAAGACUGCAAUUCCAUUAGCAGAAUUCGCAAUCAGCCAUUUUGUUGCUUUGGAGGAACAUUUUGAAAGGAUUGCAAAGAACUUUAAAUAUCGAAGUGGUCAAUUCACACCACCUACACAGAUGUCUUUUAUGUGCAAACUUCCUGAUACGCCACAG